GUCAGCAUCUGAUGCUUGGAUUAGUAGCGUUUAAUAGGAAGACAGGUGGAGAAAAUGUGAUACUUUAUCAGUAGAAGCCUCUACAUACACUUUAAGGGGCAUAAUUAAGCGUGAUGGCCAUAGUACGGUCGCUGCUUUUAUAUUAAUCGAUACAAAAUACACUGAGAUCCCAGGCUGCAAACAGUGACAAUUAACAUUGACAGUCUUAUUGAAUUUCACCGCAAGCAAGUGAAGUAAUCAAUUCAGAGGUCAAACAUGUAAGUUACUGUUUGAGUAACUCUUCCUUCGUUUGCGCGUGUUAUUAAAGUACUUCGGAUUUAAAGCGGGACAGCAAGGAAGAUAUUACCUGAAGCGCCAAGUGUGACCGUAAAUAGUUACAACCGGAACAACACAAACACAUUGGUCGUCCGUAAAAAUAUAAAGGCGGUUAUGCUGCAGCAGUAUGACAAUAAUAUUUCAAGAACAAAGUAAAUAAAAAAAUUGUAUGCUACGAAGCAAACAGGCUGCCCUGAUUCGAGCGUUAAAAAGUGAUGUGAUGCGUGUCGACCAAUGCAAAAAGUGAUCUACGUGAGCCAUACUAAAAAUAUAACAAAAACAAAAAUGAGUUUGUGGGAUCCCGCCACCAUUAAAUGGAUGGCAGUGAUCAAUAAUCUAAAAGAAGUAAAUGUCAUCGAUGAAAGUGGACGCACAGGCACCAGUAACAAAUGCUAACAGAAGCCAAGAAAUCAUGGAUGUGAUAUCGCUGGUGUCAUUCUUCGAUGUUCGUACAUAGGGUCCGCUCUUUACUAAAUCACAUCAAAUCAUGUGAAAGAUGGAUGUAGCAUUCUUGGAAAUUCCAACACCUGACUGAUACUUCCUUAUGGCCACUCCCAAUUCUAUAUCCGGCCGAUCAGAUAGUUGCUUCUCAGCACUAAACAACGCCUGUCUACGCUCGGGCUCCGAACUUGGACCACAACGUACCCCUAAGAUUAGCAGGCAAAUAGCAGACAGUUAUGAAUGAAGGAAUUAUUCAGUUGGAUAGCGGUGGGUAAUCGUUGCAAGGACUGCUCAGGAAUACGGUCAGAUUUGCGAAACCUAGGUCGACUUUUAAUGACGUUCAGGCCGUGCAAAGUUACAGAUCUCUCCGACAUUGGCCUGUUGGUGGUAAUGAGAGCUAGUCUAGACUAUGGGUCACCCUACUCAUUUCGAUCGAUGCACCUAUAAGUCAAAAAUUUAACCACGGACUCGAGUAGCUGUUUGUCGCGGCAUAUAGCCAACCCAAAUGCAUCAUCUCCUGUAACAUCCCCUAUAUUUAAGAUAGCAGAAAUACGCUUCGUUGAGCUCCAUCGAGAAAAAAAAAUCUUCAUUUAACAAGGAUACUGCACCAUAUUGUCUUAACCGCACAGAAACGUUCAUUCACAGAAAAGGCCGCUCAGUAUUCCUCACAACACCGUAUAUAGUAGUCGUCCAGUAGCCGCGUGCCUGACUAGCAAACUCAGCUGGUCAGGCUACAUAUAGCAGCAACCAGUAGGUCCAAGAGCGUUUAAGUGGUUAGGUAUUAAUAAGAUUAGUUCCUGUAUCUGGAGCUAUAUUUUUUCAAUAAUUACCAACAGUUAUUGAUCGCCUUAACGAAAAGAUCUAUUCGGGUAGUUUGGGUUCUUUGAUUUGUGCUGGUAGAUAGCAAUGGAACACACAGAAACUUUGGGAACUCAUGGGUGAGAAUUCCUAAAAUUUAUGAAAGUUGUUUAAUUUUGUAAAUCGAACUUGUGAGCCGAACAUAAAGUAAAGCAGCAAAGUAGGCAUAACACUUUGACCACAGUUCGAAGCCCAUCUUUAUGUAGCGUUUAUCAUCACUUAAAUGGCCACCACAGUUUAGACUUGGGUUUCUUUCAUCAAUCAGUUGCUGUACUGGAGUCAGCCAUAACAUAAUUAUGAUUAUUUUGCUCAAGUAGCCCUACAAGCAAAGAUAUCACUUUUCCAAUCAAAAAUAAAAAGAGCAGCUUCUGUUGGCAAAUGUAAUUUUCUUACGUAUUAUACCUCCAUGCUCGAUAGAUUGAUAUUCGUAAUAGUUAUAAUGGUGAAAUUUAGCUAAUAGCUUGUAACAUUCCUACACGACCACCAAAAAAUAUGCAACCUGUUUAAACUCUUGGAAUUUACACAGUCGUGCUUAAAUACCUUGAAGGGACUCAUUCAUUUUGCGUGUGAGCUUUACAUAUACAGUCAUUUAGAUCUUAUAACUGGCGUUUUCUCUGUCUCUCAUAUUGAACAAAAAACUACGUUGGAAGUAAGGCACCAUACACAGUUUAAUUACUAUGUCUUUGAAAAGUGCUAGGUUUUAUUAAAUUUGAUAUCGAAACUUUCUUUAUUUCACAGAAAGCGGUAAAUAUGUGUAAGAGUUGCUCAUAAAAAAUUCAGAUAAUAAGCUAGCAAUGAGAAAGAAAGCGAAAUCUGUUUUGUCUCUUUGAACUUGUCUACGAUUUGUUAACAACCUGGUUGUUUGGAGUGUACAGGAGAGACCGUUUUUUUUCCACAUUUACAAAUCAAUCGGCGCCCGAUAAUGAACUCGCCUGAUCUAUUCGCCACUCCAGAUAAUAACGUACAGAGGAGAGUCGACGGACCACUGCAAUUGACAUCCUUCAAGGCGGAUUCGUAUAAAAAGAGCAAACGUUUCUGUCAGGGCUGCGGCAGCAUUCAGGUAUAUCUGAUACAUGAAAUUGAUAAUACUAAAAGGCUGAUGUAGAAGAUCGGAAGCUGAUUCUUUUUAUUUCGCAGUUAGACACCAUUUCAACAAAAUGCGGCGUUCAGGAAGAAAGCGUGAGGAAACCCCUCUGUUAAAAAAACGUGUGACUUCUGCGGUAAGAUGGAAAGCUCAUUAAGCUGUCAGCCAAUACGAAAUUCGGCCGUUCGUUGUAUUUUAGUGGUCACGAUAAAGCAAAUUCAUUAGCCAAUAGGAGGUUCAAAUACCUCUACAAAAGCCACAGAAAAAUCGAAAAAUUUUUCUAGUCGUGUUUAAUCUGCAAAAACAAUAUUUGAUUGGAUCCAUUGGUUAUCAGAGCCAUAUUUUUUGCGGACUCGACUGCAAGGAAGAACGAUGAAUAAAUGGAUCGAUUUCACCGCCUGAGAGAAGAAAUUAGAGUUUAAUUACAGAAGCGUAAACAGCGUACAAGCAGACACAGCCUCGUGUGAUAGAACUACAACGCUACUGUACCGUAGAAUUGUGGCUCGCGUGGAGUCAGGACUUAUGAAAACAGUCACUGCAUCAUAAAACGGUGCAGCGAUAGUUGUAGGUUUAUUGAACACGAUGUCGGCAGCGGCUGGCGGACCGCCCUCCGGCGGCGUAAACAGCAUUACUGGCCUGUCGUCAGCAACGACAGCACGCAUCAACUGCUCGUUGGACGGUCCAUGGGAGCCAGCGCAAGUACCUGCACUCGUCGUAAUGUCUAUCAUGUAUGGCCUAGUCACCCUCUUCGCAUUAGCCGGUAACGGACUUGUUUGUUACAUAGUACUGGCAUACCCACGUAUGCGAACAGUUACGAAUAUGUUCAUUGUGAAUCUGGCCGUCGGCGACAUUCUCAUGGCCGUCUUCUGCAUCCCCUUCUCGUUCGUUUCGAAUUUUAUCACCGAGCACUGGGUGUUCGGCUAUUUUAUGUGUAUAGCAGUUGGAUACUGCCAAGCUAUUUCGGUAAUGGUGAGCGCGUAUACGCUGAUCGCGAUAUCGAUGGAUCGCUACCUGGCCAUUAUGUAUCCUCUCAAGCCACGGCUAAACAGUUUGCAGGCCAGACUGAUCAUAGGCAUCGUGUGGGCGGUGGCUCUUGUCACACCACUGCCAUCAGCGUUAAGGCUAACGCUUAAGGACCAUCCGGACUGUCCAGGCGAAGCUUUUCAAUACUGUGCUGAAGAUUGGAGUUCAGCGCCCGAACUGGAGCUUUACUACUCUUACGGGUUGUUAACAUUGCAGUACCUUUUGCCACUUUUGGUGCUUAUCGUGACGUACGCGCGAAUCGCCAUCACAGUUUGGGGCAAGGAGAUUCCAGGCGAAGCAGAACAUCAACGAGACUGUCGUAUGGCUCAGUCGAAACGAAAGAUGGUUAAAAUGAUGAUCUGCGUAGUAUCCGUAUUCUCUUUGUGUUGGAUGCCGCUAAACGUGUAUAUUCUCCUGAUGAUGAUCGACCCUGUCACCGUCAGUAACACCCCGUAUGUGGGGUAUGCGUAUUUUUUCUGCCAUUGGCUUGCUAUGAGCCACACUUGUUAUAAUCCAGUCAUUUAUUGCUGGCUGAAUGCAAACUUUCGUCAGGGCUUCACCAGGCUGUUCUGUAGCCGAGCUAUGCGGGGUAGCCAACGGAAGAACACCUACACCUCUUAUGUAAGCUGUAAUCAGUCACAGGUACAACAGCUUCAUACCAUUAAUGACAACAAUCUCGAGUCUGUGCUACAUCGUUGUAACAGCGUUCCAGAUAUAGCCCAGCGGCAGUUAAAUAGUGCCAGUGAAGUGCUCGGAAAAGAGCUCAACGGAGCUCCGCCAGCGAUGCUCGAGAAACACUGAAUUAUAGAUUAAUAUAACAUGGGCGGGUGGACGAGCGGGCUACUAAUUCUACAUAUAUGUUGGGCUGGUAGAAAAAAAAACACUAUUCAACCGUUCUCAAGCCAAAAUUAAAGCAUAUACUUUUUAUUCUAAAAUUAUAUUAUUGAAAUGAAAAUGCCUUCUUUCGGCCGAUGAUUUCGUGCCAUGUUUCUGGCAACACCAUAAUCUGGAUGAAGAAUUAUGGUUAGGCGAUUUUUGCAUCCCUCCAUCUGAACCAAAUUAGCAUCAUGGAACAGCAAUAUGGAUUGACAUUAGGGAAAUUAUGCAGAGAUCCAAAUCGAUCUACUUAUGCCAGGCGGCAGAAGCUCAUAAUGCACGAUCUCUUUUUAAUUACACCGAACGAGUGGCAUCACCCUUUUUGGCGUCGCGCUAGGCUUUGCUAUAUAAAUAUUUUGUUUCUUUAUUUGAAUAUUAUUAUUAUUAUUUUAAAUGAUUCAAAUUUAAAUGAUCGACUGCUUUAGAGAUGAGUCGAUUUUGUCGCAUUUCUAUAGAGCUGAGUUGAAAUGCGAUCGCGUAAAUUCAUGUAGCAUUCAAACAUCGAGCUCUCUUUAUAGCUAGCUUUUUUAAAAUGCUUUAAAAUAGUCUGGUGGUAAAUGUUUUGUUUUUCGGCUAUCUCUCUCAUCGCUGUUCACGAUUUUUCGUUCUUCUUGCUCAACUUUCGCAUUAAUAUCAUCAACUUUUUCUGUAGUCUGUAAACCACCACGAAAACCAUCUUUCAGAUCGAAAUUCCUUGAAGGAAAACGAGAGAACCAUCUUCUUCUAGCAGCUUCUUCGAAUAAAGUAUUUUCACUAAGAACAGCCGUAGCCAGAACUUGUACCUUUAUCGUAAUAAACCUGUGAAAUACAGCGAAUUUUUGCAGGAAUGUUUCUCAUCUCCGAGAGGCUUUAUCUCAAGUCUGAAUGAGGGCUCUCAAAUGACACCAACGCCAAUAUGACGUAACUCGUAUUACCUGAAGUCAUCUAGCAAGAAUAGUGAUCAAUACUUCAACUUUUUUGACAACCCAAUUUAUAUACACAUACUUAACCAGUAUACGACGACUGGUAUUCUCCCUCUUAGAAUCACCCAUAGUGAAAAUAAUUAUGUGUAGCUUAUAUUCGUUGGCCCGUACGGACGGUAUAACUAAUCUUUUUCUAUAAAAGUGUUGGCUAAUGGAUUGAUGCACGACCGGAACAGCCGAAUCUAUUUCUCUUUAUAGUACAAUUUGUGUGGGCUUCAUUGACCUGUUCGCAGCCGAAUGAGACCGUACUCUGGGUGUGUAGGGCACGAUAAUACCCAUUAAACUGCUGUAUCUUUGGUGCUUGCUGUAAGAAGCUAUGAAACAUUAUUUCAGAUUUUCCAUGCUCUUUUUCAAAAUUCUUCCUUUUUGCGCGUUCAGGUUCUUCUUUCUUGCUCGUACUUCAUUUGAUGCGCAUAAUACGUCGCAUUUCCCUAUCUUUGCGACUUAGGUCUGCUACUGUCCGUAUUGUGGUUGGUGAGAUCGCCAUUUGUAUUAUCAUGCCAAUCCAGAGUGAAGAACCUCGUUUAGUUCUUAUCGUUCAAGACUGUCACCAUUUUCACAUUAUUGCUGUUCUGAUUCUGCAAAUUUUCGAAUCAUCUUCCGCCUUCCUUUCGCGAGAUGGUCCCAAGAUAACAUCUUAGAAAACAUUAAUAACUAUGUGACCAUCUACCAAAUACCAGCAGACUUGCGACCGAUGUGAUCAUUCAUCAAAGAUCGGCUACCAAUCCGCAUCCCGUAUUGUUGAUUGAGAUAAAGCGGUUGUUCUUUUAAAUUACUUUUUGAUGCUAUAAGACGUUAGAAAGUACACUCUAGCAUUUUGAAUAAGCUACUAGCUGUCGUAGUCUGCUCUUUUAAGCUCGACUGGCCUUGCGACGUAUUUACUACCAGGCAGUUUGUAUAUGCUCAUGGUGGGUCCGAAUUAAUGGCUUCCUGUAUGUGGCAUGCACGUGCUAUCCCUGAACCGCUAAGUUCCGCAGGAAUAACCGCACGAACUGUGCUUGGCUUCAUGUAAUGAACAAGCACAGCCCUGCCUGAAUGACUAAUGUACAUCUCGUUAAAUGUACUACCGUGACGAUCAUAAAGAAUGCAAUUGCGGCUGCCAUUCGUUUAAAUCCUGAACCAACUGGAUCAUUAAACGCCAGAGGUUAUGACUACAAAGGAAGCUAAAAAAGGGGCGUGAAAUUUACAUUAACUUACACAUAUUUUAAUUGUGGAUGAAAGGCGCCUUUUAUACAUUGCGCCCACACGCACCCGGUAGGCCAGAUUAAAUUUCAUUUAGGACAAGCUCACUGAUACUCCCGUAAUUAUUACUCACCGAAGCCAAAAGGAAGAUAAUUGCAGGUUUGAGUUUCCUAGCGUAUUAUACGCCUAUCUUUAAAAUAAGAGGUCAAGUUCACGGUUUCUGACCUUCAAGAUUGUGCGGCGGUAACCUUUGAGUUUUAAUGUUUGAUGGAUUGGACACAGCAUUGCGUAUUGCUUAACAUGCGAAUUAGGGAUGAGAAUGCAGUUACUCAAAUGUGAUGCAAAUUUGUGUUUCCUAUUACGUAUUUAUUAUUUUAUAUAAAUUUAAAAUAAUAAAUACGUAACAAGCAUAUGGUUCCAAUUUAGUAGUAUUCAUUGAUCAUUUAUUUGAACGUAAUGUGCGGAACUUAUUUCUACUUGUGAAUUCCUAACUGUGAGCAUGUUUUUUUCGUUCAUCACGGGCCAGCCACUCAAACACGGAACCGUUGUUGCUCAGAAAAAUAAAUAGACUGAUAAAGUGGAAACAACACUUUUUGUUUCUGCAGGUUAAGAAAAAAGCUCGGGUGACAUUAGAUACCAGUUAGAUCAUAGAGAUAAUAGCGAAGUUUUCUCAAUAACAUCAUCCGCCAUCCGUCUGCCGCGUGAUAAACAAAAAACGAACAAAUAUGCGUGACAACUAAUAAUACGCCCCAAUGAAGACACGCCGUAAAAAAAGAUGAUACUGAUUGGAACAGGAUACAAAAAAAGCAGAAGAAGAAGACUAAUAGUAGCUAAAUUUUGAUAC